AUGGGGGGGAGAGAGGGAGACGCGCGCACGUCCUCGGUGCAUUCGCCAGCUCGGCCGCCGCGUGUUAUCGCUCACCAUUCCGAGCCUUGUCGCAAUCCUUCCUUCCACAUCCACCUCUACACGUCCUUCCCCACAUCCGUGUUCCUCGUUUCAGAAAUGUCCUCCGGUGUCGCAGUUUCGCAAGAGUGCCUGGCGCAGUUCCAGGAGCUCAAGCUGGGCAAGAAGAUCAAGUACAUCAUCUACACGCUCAACGCCCAAAACACCGAGAUCGUCGUGGCCAAGACCUCCACCUCGUCCUCCUACGACGACUUCCUCGCCGAGCUCCCACCCGCCGAAUGCCGCUACGCCAUCUACGACUUUGAGUACGAAAAGGGCGACGAGGGCAAGCGCAACAAGAUCUGCUUCUUCACCUGGUCGCCCGACGACGCCAAGAUCAAGCAAAAGAUGGUCUUCGCCUCCUCCAAAGACGCUCUCAGGAAGGCGCUCGUCGGCAUCUCGUCCGAAAUCCAGGGCACCGACUUCUCCGAAGUCAGCCACGAGACCGUCCUCGAAAAGGUCAGCCGCUCCACCUUCUAG